AUGGCCUUCUCUUUGCGACAUGCCAUAGCGGAACGGUUACAAGAAGCGACGGCUGUGUUGCUCCAAAGCGUCGUCGAGCGUCUGGAAACUUUAGAGGAGGCCUUUUUCAUAUUACCUCAACGGCCGACUUAUACACGAGAGGCAUUAUUCGAAUCAGAUCCUAGCAGGCUCUUAGGCACUGCAGAGCUAUCGCAGAAUCACUUCGGUCCGACGCAAAGCUCCACUAGCCAGUCCCAGCAACAGCUCCCUCACACAGGCCUUCAUAAUGAACCUGCCGCUGCGCAAGUCUCUCACACCUCGACACCUGCAAGACAGCCCAUAGUCGCUACUGAAGCACACUGUUCACCGCAUUCGCAGGUCUCACGGGAGCUGGUAUAUUACGAGGGCCGCGGGGACUUGUCACCAGGUGUUAUGGUUAUACCUAUGUGGCAUUCCACCACAACUGAUAGUCUUCUCCAGCUCCCACUAAUACGCGAACUUAUUGGACGGUAUCCUUCAGAUUUCUUCUUGCAUAUCGAGUCUAGGCGUCCGUCCCCAUGGUUGCCGUGGAGGAGCGCCUCGACCAAUUCCAACGAGUUGAAUACCAACAAUCUAUUUCCUCUUACUACGGAUGACGGCGACCACGCGCUGGUGGAUGAAUUUGUCAACAAUGUCAAUUCACAAUACUGCAUCCUAGAUGUUCACGAGGUUCUCGAGCUACGGACUCUACUUCACGACGCAAGGCGCACCUCAGGAAUACAGCCGCCCCUGCUAGUGCAUAUAAGGCUCUACAUUAUUCUAGCUUUAGGAACCAUAUCACGAAAGCAGCGAGAUUUUCUUACCGCAGGGAGUAAAGAUUACGCCCCGUCUAUAGCUCUUUGUGGCCAAAUACUACUGCAGGAAUGGAUGCAGUACAGCGGCGAAAGCGUAUUAUUACCACAAACAAUGUGCCUGCUUGCUCUCUACUAUGGUUAUAUGUGCUGGCCGCUCAUCUCGGCCAAGUGUCUUCACAUGGCUUCAACAGCAUUACAGCAGUUUUUUGCCCGGCAGCAUAAUUCGGAGCGCAGUGCCCCGCCGCGCGAGUAUCAAGUAAUGCUACGUACAUUCUGGGCUAUUUUCUUACAGGAAUGCGACCUUCUUGCAGAGUACCACCUCCCUCGAAGCGGUGUCGAGCAUAUCGUGGAGAAGUUGCCUUUUCCAGACUGCGGCGACCCUACUGAUAAGAACAUGAUAGCUUGGCUUGCCAACUUGUCUGCGCGACGUCUUCUUAACCGAGUCCAUCAUGUCAUGUACGACACUGCCCAAGUACAGGCGGCUGACCAAGCUGAUUCUCUUCCAAAGCUGACACCGCUUUUCAGCACAGCCAGUAAUGACUUUACUUCUACUGUGGAAUUACCUCGGCAGGAGGUAACAGAGGAGCUCAUUCGCCAACUGCAGGCAUGGUAUAGCCUUUUGCCAAUUGACAUCAGGCCUCAAUGUAACGAGUCCUCGCCUAGUGUCCACGACGCGUUACUUCUGCUGCGUUACAAUGCCACUGGCCACAUCAUCUAUCGGCCAUACUUGUUUCAUGUUUGUGCGCUUCCCAAGCAUAGUAACGUACGGCAGGCAACGCUGGAUAAUGCUGUGAAAUGCCUACAUCACUGUCAGAGUACAAUUCAUGGGGUUUUUGCUUGUAUUAUUAUGGCCACCUUGGCAGCACAUAGUCCUCUACUUAUCCGCCACGUCUAUGAUAUUGAUACUCUACAAGCUGACACGAUUGCCAUUUUAUCAAAAUGGGCUAUCAACGGGUCCUGCAUUGAGUACAUACAACUUAUACGACGCUUAACCGUGGGCUGA